UUCCUUCUGGAGAUUAGGAUUUCUUGGCUGUCUCUUUGCUUGAUCGAUUGCAUUUAGGGAAUUCUUUGCAUUCAUUUUAUCUGUUUUUGUUCAAUUCAAUGAUCCAUGUGUUUGAUCAUGUGUUUGAUGGGAUCGGUGCUUGUCUUUUGACCGGGGAUCUUGAUAUUUAUUCUGUGAUGUUUUUAAUUUUUCACGAUCACUUGGACCGGGAAACUAGGGUUUUUUCCUAUCUUUAUAGGAGAAAGAUUGGAUUUUUCGAAACCCUUUCGCAUAUCAAUUUCAUGUAGUCUUUGGUUUUAAAUUUUUCCGACUUUAGGUGUAUGGUGGCCUGUUGUUGUUAAUGUAAAUAGACACGAGUACAACUUUUUGUUAGGCUUAUUGCGUCCAUAUUCAUUUUCUGGAACAUAAGAAGGCUGGAUUGGAGACCCUUGGACGACUGAUUGUUUUGCGGUUUGUCUGCAAUAAAUACUUCGUGGGCUCUUAUAUUUGGUUCUCUUGUUAGUCAUUGGCCAAAAAAUUGUGAUCUAUAUGGUUUCAAAUCUGCUUUCUAGAUAACACCAGCCCUGGAAGGGAGUUGUCGCGUCCAAGGACGUGUGCAUGAGUCGGACCAUGAACUUCAAAAGAUGAACUCGGUAGGAGGUGAACCUGAGAUGAAUAGGACAAUAUCUUAUUUUGAUUUCUUCUUCUUUUUCUUUUUCUUUUUCCCUGGUGUGUGAAUCAGUUAUUUAUUUAUGUUACCAAACGUAUCUGAUACCUGCCGUAUCUAGUUUUUCACAUUGCGAUGCAAAUUUUUAAUGAUCAAUAGAAAAAUGAUUAGUGGUUGCACUAGAAUCUUUGAGCACAUUCUGGAAGUUAAAAAAUAAUGUCACGAUGUUCUUGUUUUAAGUUAUCAGGAAAAUGAUUUAGUUACUAAACAUUCUGAUUAUCAGCACACACUGAAUGAUGUAACAAAGUUAUAGUUCAUAAGGAGAUUUAGGUUCUUACACAUUGACGGCACUGAAUACUUGUUCCCAGUUGGACAUGAGACGGUUCAGUCGGAAACUCCAUGUUGACAAGAUGCAGGAUGAGCGAAUUUUGUUUAGCCAUUUCGCAAACUCCUUUUAAGCCUGAGACCUAUGCGAUCAAUUUGAAUGAUGUUUCUUACCAACUCUGUAUAAUAACAAAUGUCUGCUAUUGUUUCUGAUUUCCAUAGACGUCUCUUGGUCUCAUAGCCAACCCAUCGUACUUUGAUAGCGGGGAAGGAUUUCUUCCUUUUCAAUUAUUAUUUUUAUAUUGGUGGGUCUGUUGCGUUUUGCAGAUCUUUUGUCGAUUAUAAGGCUGAUAGUACCAGUUGUGGUUUUUUUGAGCAUUAUUAGAGAUAUACUUAAUGUAGUGCAAUACAUAUAAUGACCUAAUAACAUGAUAAAAUUGUGAUUGCAAGGUUGACAAUACAUAAAUCUUUCUAAUUCUGUUGGUUGUACCUGGGAAUUUGUUCAUAGGUAAGGAAAGACAAAAUUGCUUCUGGUACACAAGUUUGUGUCAUGUCAUAAGGAUCUCAUUGUUUAGUUGUCAUGAGACCAUUGAUAAUAUAUUAUAUGUGAUGCAUUUUAUUGUGCUUGCUAAAAUUUGCUUUCAUUAGUGUAAGAUUAUUACAUGCUAUGUUACAUGGAACCAUCAUAUUGCAUGAAAAAUCUUUUAGUCAUGUGUGCGGGAUACAAAUUGAUAUUCAAUCUGGAUGAUUAUUGUCUCCUUGCGAAUCGUGUUUCUUUGAAAAGUGUUCUAAAGGUUCUGGGCUCAAAUGAACUAAGAUGCCUCUUAUAGACUCUUCCUUUUAUAAUAGAUGUGAUCCAAAAGAUGUGACAGUUGCAACAAGCAAAUUCCUUGCGCAUAUUUAAGGAUCUCUAUGGAGCACGCCACUGAAAAUCCCGAUGUUGAGAAAACUUAAUCUUCUUUCUGUCUAGAAAAAGAGUGUUUUCCGAGCCGGAAAAAGGUGUAUAAUUAUAAACGGCAGUCUUCGAAUGAGGGCAGAAUCUGGGACAUGCAACGUUUGUUCUUCUCCUUGCACCUCUUGUAUGCAUCGUAACAUGUCAGCCACGUUGUCAAAAGUUGAGUGUGGGUUUUCCGGCAAUAUCUGUGAGAGGAAUGAAACUGAUAGUUGUUCAUUCAUUGGUGCCGAUGUGCUGCCUCCUCCCAGGAGCAGAGCAUGCGAUGAUCAACAACAUGCAAGUAGUGAAAUAAGCAAUUUAUUAAGCACAAGCUCAAGUCAUGAUUCAUAUUCUGAAAAUGUUGAAAGUAAAGCAAUAAUGAGGGCUUCUGCUACAUGUGCAUCUGAAGAUGUUGACAUGCCUCCAAAAGUGCCUUCAGGUGAAGCAGCAGGAGAAGAUCAGCCUCUUUCUAGAAUGGCUACUAGUACCAGUCAUGGGCUAAAUCACUCAUGCCGUCACUCUGCGUCUAAUUUGCACCAUGUGCUGUUCUUACAUCAAGACGAAGAGCAGCAUGGUGGAGAAUGCCAUGGGGAUAAUAUGUCAUGUAUCACUGGAGUCAGAGAUGCCAAUGUGCCAGCAUGUGAUCAUAAUGUUGACCUGGAGAAGAAAGAUACAUCAUGUAGUUCUGCAUCGGCCUGUGAUAUAGUUGCUAAAGAAAAUGUAGUGGAGGUACUGGUGGAUGGCCAUCAUGGAUCUCAUCAUGAAAUAGAAGCGAGCGAGAGUAAACCAACAGAACUAUACACAUGCCCUAGGGAAUCUUUGAGGAAGAAUUCUGGUUCUAGCUCUGUAAAUGCUGGCCUUUCUUACAAGUCUGACCUUGCAGAGUUCCCUCCCACAAAAAAAGAAUCAUCUCCCAAAAUACUGGCUUCACAUUCGCCUUCGCAAAAUGUAUAUGUUGACCUCAGUUCUGAUUCUAAGGAUUUGGAAGGGUAUCUAACUUCUCAACAUCAAGGAGAACCUUCUGACCGCUCGAUGAAUGAUGUGAAAUCUUCUUCUGUAGGACCAAGGGUUUCCAUGAGUAUUGAUAGGCAGAAAUCUGCUGCACUGCCAAAUGAUGAAGAUAGUAAACUGAGUCAUAUCAGAGUUUCCUCCUCUUCAAGGACUUUAAAGGACCAUGAGUCAUGCUUUGAAGCUGAAACUGCAGUGGGUGGUGAGAAACCAUCUGAUGAAUCUACUAAAUGUAAGAACACUGGUGAGCAAUUUGGAAAGAAUAGUUCCUCGUUGGAGGCAUCCAAUGUGCAAGAGCCUGACAUGCAACGUCAGCUGAUCAAGGAGGGGGAAAAUUCUGAAUCAGACAGCGGAUUAUGUGAUGUAAAGGUAUGUGAUAUAUGUGGGGAUGCAGGUGUGGAGGAACUUCUAGCUAUCUGUAGCAGAUGCAGUGAUGGUGCAGAGCACACUUACUGCAUGCAAAUUAAGUUGGACAAAAUUCCAGAAGGUGAAUGGUUUUGUGAAGAAUGCCAACUCAAGGAGGAUGCGGAAAACAAAAAAGUGGAUAAAUCUGAUUCAAUUUCUGAAACAUCAAAAGAAGACAACUUGAAAGGAAAAAGUACUUUCAACCCUAAAAAUUUAGCUAAGUUGGAUAUUGAAGCUAUCGGUACGGAAGUGAGAGGGUCUACCAAAGGAAUGCGAAGUCCACAAAAAUCAGGCAAGAUGCAUGCAGACAGCCAGGAGGUUACUUCAAUGAACAGCAAAAAGAUUUCUGAGAUGGAUGGUGGGUCCAUAGGAACAACCAGUCCAAGGAAAAAUGCUGUCUUGUCUCAAGUAAGUUCAUUUAAGAGCCUGGAUAUGGGAAAGGUAAAGCCAACCAACCUGUCUCCAUCCCCCAAAGGUCAGUUGGCAAAUAGUUUCCAGGCCAACUCCCGCUCACAUACCUCAAGCUCUAACCCAUCAAGAGUUCAAGCACAACUUCAUUCACCUCGAGGGCCUCUCUCAAAGCAGCUUUCAUUUAAUAACUCAAACAUGAAGCCAAAAGUCAGACAGUUGAUGAAUAAUUUACCUCAGAAGCAAAAAAUUAUGAGAGAAUAUGUUUCCAGCAACAGUAGGAAGGAUGGAGUAGUCAAAACAAUGACUAAAUCUGCAUCAUUUAAAAGUGUGAGCUCAGGCCGCUCCAAUAUUGAAUCAGUAAAUAAACUGCAAUCACUUAAUUCACCUCGAGCUGAUGAACUUAAAGGUUGGAAACCAGUGAAAGAAAGGAACAUGGUGGAAAGGAAGAAUUCUUUUGUUCUAGAUUGUCCUGUUGUUAGUCCGUCACCAUCAGCUGGCACAUCUAUCCCAAAGGUGGAUCUGAAGAGUUCACAGCAUAAUGGAAAUUUAACUCCUAAGUCUGAAAAAGUAUCAGAAAAUGCAAAGGAUUCAGGACGUAGCGAAGUGAAGAAGAAAACAUCAAAUGCAUCUAAAAGAUAUGAACUGUGCAAUUCUGAGGAUCAAAGGUCAUGCCAAGUUGUCCCUAAGGAAGGUUCUCAUGCAAAUCCCACUGUUAUUGAUAGCUCACACUGUGAUGCUGACUCAGUUUUGGAAUGCAGUGUGACUCAGGUUCCAGAAUCCUCCCCUAGAGAACAUAAAAUCAAUGAUUCUACCCAUUCUAGCACUUCAAGGCAGGCAUCUUCAACUGGUGGUCGAGUAUUACAUUGUCAUAAAUGCAAUGAAACGGGCCACACAACACAGUUCUGCCCAAUUGACAAACUUAGCAUAUCUGCUCUUAAACCUUCUGCUGACCGAAGGGAGGGCAGUAGUAAUAGCAAUAAGUGCAGAGAUGCAAGUGAAGCUGCAAAAAUGAGAACAAAGAAGAGAAAUAAAUUGCCAGACCAGUCUGGAUGUUCAAUGCCAAGUACUGAAGUUAAUUAUGAAGUAGCUUCCAAAGAUUUCCAGUCAAAUUCAAGUGGUCUGAAGAGCUUGCCUCUGGAAGGGACAUCUGAUGGGAAAGUUAUUUUGAGAUGCUCUGAUGCUGAUUUGGGCAGAAAAGAACUUGAGAUUUAUGCACAGCAAGCAAAACACCCAGUUGAAGCCUCAUUUCUUCCUAAAGAAUGUGAUUCAAAUGCCAUUCUUACCAAUUCUGAUAGUUCAAAUGCGAAUUCUUCAACUCAAAUUUUGCCUGAUCAAUCUUCUUUACUUGCAAAUCCAUUUAGAGCUUCAGCAAUCCCAGAACACAAAUAUAUAUGGCAAGGUGGUUUUGAGGUGCUUAGGACCGGAAGACUUCCUGAAUUUUUUGAUGGGAUUCAAGCUCACUUGUCAACUUGUGCAUCGUCUAAAGUGCUCGAAGUAGUCAGUCAGUUUCCUGGCAAACUGCAAUUGGAUGAAGUUCCUUGCCUUAGGUUGUGGCCAGUUCAGUUUCAGGGAAUGAGUCCUAAGGAAGAUAAUAUUGCCCUUUUUUUCUUUGCUAAAGAUAUUGAGAGUUAUGAAAGUACUUAUGGGAAGCUGUUGGAAAAUAUGCUUAAAAGAGAUUUAGCCCUUAGAGGGAACAUCAGUGAGGUUGAGCUGCUUAUUUUCCCAUCAAAUAAGCUACCAGAAAACUGCCAACGUUGGAACAUGUUAUUCUUCCUCUGGGGUGUCUUUAGAGGAAGGAGGACAGACUGCUUCAAAGUGCUGCCCGAUUUACAGAAGCAGCCUUGUUGGUUCAAGUUGAGCACAGAUCCUUUGGUUCAAGAAAUUUCUUUCCCUCUUUUUGAAGCUUCUACCUCUCAGAAAAUAAAUUCCCAUGAGAGUUCAGAAAAGGAAUUUUCUAGGAGUGAUAGAUUACUGAAAGUGAAGGCAGUGAAAUCCAGUAUUCAGGUGGAUUUUCUGCCUACUUCUUCUUCUGGUAUCGAGGAUAAGAUCUGCAACACACAGGAGUCCUUUUUUGUUCAAAAUUCUUCGUGUCAGCGAGCUGCUGAGAGUCGGCAGCCAUCAGAGCUUGUUUCAGAUUCAUUUCCUGUAAGCUGCUUGUCAGAUAGACUAUGCCAGCUGCGCAGCUCACUUGGUGCUUGUCCCGUGCCUGACCUUCAGAUGAGUGCCAUGGAAUCGUGCCCUGCUUUGAAAAGGGAGGCCACUUUCCUGGGGAACGCUAGCUAUGAUAUUGAUGGCAAAACCCCAGUUCACGUUCGUGCAACCAGCAUAGAAAAUCUGAACAGUGCAUUGCCUGCACAAUCAACACACUCAAUUUCUUCAUAUUUUGGGCAAGGUGGUAAAGGCAGCAGAAAUUGUGAAAAAAUGAGGGAGAAAGAAAGAUCAAUGAAAGAUGAAGCUGGGACAGAUAGCGAGCAACAGGAACAUCUGAUGGAGAUUGACAAUCUCAGCUGGGAGUCAAGGCCUAGCAAGAAACGUUCAUACUCACCUUCCUUAGAGACAGUUACCCACACUUUUUGUGAACCCUCAAAGAGUACUGAUGAAAUGAUGCUUUGGAGUGAGAGAGCAAACAUCAGUUCUAUUAAAAAUGAAAUAGAAUACAAGAAGAUUAGGAGUUGCAGCGAGAGACAUGCUUCUAGGGAUGAAAAUGCAUUUUGUAGUUUAUCGUUACGUCCUUUGCUAUCUAGCUACAUCAAUGAGCAGCAGCAUAUGGAUGGUUUCUGCAAUGGAAAAGAAAUGACUGAGAACACAAGGAGUGCUGAAAGGUAUUUCUUUCCUGUGGAUUUGGGUCCUGUGAGAAAUGUUGUAUCAGAGAACAGACAUGUUCUUUCUUUGGACAAUGAAGACAUGCCAGAAUCCAGUACUCCAGAUCUUGAACUUGCACUUGGAGGCAAGAAAAAAUCAUCAGAAAAGGAAGUCCUGUCAUUUCUUUUCCCUUUGGUUGACAGAAAAAGCAGCCGAUAUAAACUGCCCGGUCCUGCAGUGGAUGAUGAAGAUGAUAUGUCAGCAUCACUCUCUCUAUCCCUGGCCUUUCCUGGCACAGAGAAGAAACAAACAGACAAACCCAUUAUAAGAACCGAGCAACUUUUGCCGGAGAGGCCUUGCGUUAACACUUCUUUACUUCUGUUUGGCAGCUUUACCGAUGCUUAAAUCCAGUUGCGAUUGUAUAUGCCCUGUAAAUUGCCACCUAAAUAUACUUAGAUGAUCAGAAGGGGAAGCAUCAGAGACCUUGCCCAUAUGUUCAUGACAAAAUCCAUUUCUUUUUUCAACUUAUAACUUUUUCCCCUCCUUCCAAUCACUACUUGUUUUUAGAGUGCAGAGUUACGGCUGUCUGUAUAUAAGAGAAAGAAAGCCAAAUCUUAAAAUUAUGCGGAAACUCUCUGGAUAUGUUACUGUUAAGUCCUUGUAUAUUUUCUUUGUUUUAUCAUGCUUUUCCAAAAGAUGAAUAUUUCAGGUGGUUUUA